UCAACAUGGAAGCCCCCAUGGAGCUGCUUCGUCAGUCUAUCAAUCCAAGUUUCACAAUGAACGCUCCAGAUAUCAUGCCUCUACCUUCAUUCCCGGCCUUUGCCACUGAUUUCAAAUCGAGAACCAUGAAUCCUAUCACAACUGGUACAUCAGUUGUGGCUUUGAAGUUCGAUGGAGGCGUGAUGAUGGCUGCAGACACAUUGGGGUCCUACGGUUCUCUGGCCAGGUUUCCCAACAUUGAGCGACUUCUUCGUGUCAAUGAUUCUACAAUUAUUGGAGCCAGUGGGGAUUAUGCUGACUACCAAUAUCUCAGGGACAUCAUUGAGCAAAAAGUGAUUGAUGAAGCUUGUCAAGAUGAUGGCUUUGGUAUAAAACCAAAAAAUCUUCACUGCUGGCUGACAAGGGUCAUGUACAACAGACGGUCGAAGUUCAACCCCCUAUGGAACAUUUAUGUCGUAGCUGGAUUGCAAGAUGGAGUCCCAUAUUUGGGCUAUGUUGACAAGAUAGGGACAUCUUUUGAGGCUCCUCAAGUUGUGUCAGGUCUUGGUGGUUACCUGGCCCUUCCACUUCUUCGAGAUGCAGUUGAGAAGAAACCCAAAAUGAAUCAACAGGAAGCUAGGGCUGCAAUUGGGGAUGCCAUGCGACUUCUAUUCUACAGGGACUGUCAAGCCUUUCAUAAGUAUCACCUUGGGGUUAUCACAAAAGAUGGAGCCAAGAUUGAAGGGCCAUUUGAGGUGGAUGUGAAUUGGGAUCUUGGAUAUCACAUUCAUGGCUACUGAUGUCCUGACUGUGACUGGAGUGGAGAAGCACUGGGGUGGAACUCAUUGAGCUCCGUUGAUAACUAAGCUUAUAUCUGCACCUUCAAAAAAUUUUUGAGAAUAAAAGUUGGAAGUAAAAGCCC